AGCGUGUCCCUCGGACACCAGGCUGUGGUUCCCGUGCCCGCUCUCACACACCGGGGCUGCUGACACACGCCAAUCACACGAGCGCGCGCAACGACCUAUGUAAAUAGCGGCGGCGUGACGUCAGACGCACAGCAGGGCUAAGACAGAAUGGCGAGUCAGUGCGGUAGCCCCAGAUGUACGGCAGAAAGAAGAGGUUUUCGGCGGGAACUAGAUUCCUGGCGGUAUAAACUGAUACACUGUGUAGGGUUCGAAAGCAUCUUAGAAGGGCUUUAUGGACCAAGGUUACUCAGAGACCUCAGUUUAUUUGAUGACUGUGAACCCGAAGAAGUGACUGACUGGUCUAUGAAUGAAAACUGUUCAUUUUGUUGCAUAAGGAGAGAGAAAGUCAAGGAGCAUAUCUCAUCUGUGAAUGCACCUCCAACACUGACAUCUACUGAGGAUUCUCUAUCUCAGGGGCAGUCCCACACUGAACAGCUUGAAUGCCAAGCAGACAAAUUUCUUAAUGCUAUCUUUCAUACAAAAGACCUUCCUCAGAACUGUGAUCGCAACAUUCCUUUAGUUGCUCAGGAAAUAAUGAAAAGAAUGAUUCGUCAGUUUGCAAUUGAAUAUAUAUCCAGAAGUAAUCGUGUUCAUGGAACUCAGACUGGAUCAGCCGAUGAAUCUGUUUCAGUCCUAAAUGAUCCUCCUGCCAACCAAACCCAGAACUCCUUUCAUCAGGAGCAGGAGGGACCAUUAGACCUCACUGUGAAUAAAAAUCAACAGAAAUGUUUUCAACAAGCAGAUGGAGUGCUUGAUCUGUCAACAAAGAAGAAUAGUACAAAUUCCACGCUAUCAACUGGACCUUGUCUUACAUCAACCACUACCAAAUUAUCAGGUAAUGGCUUAGAAGCUGAUAAAGGAAGAACAUUUGACUCUACCAACAAAGCUGGUUGCAUAAGCUACAGAGUAACGACAUUGAAUGAAAUUUUAUCUACAUUAUGCCAUGUUCAUCAGAAACUUCUUAUAACAAUGCUGAAGUGUCUAAUACAAGAAAGAGGUGCUUUCACUGUACGAUCCAGAGAACAAAGAUGCCCACAACGUGAAAAUUCCUUAUUUAAUUUCAGUGAAACUAAACCAAAUGAGGAAUCAUGUAAUUGUAAUAGAUUGCAGUGGUAUGAAAGUUGGUCGAUUCCUCUUCCAUGCAUUCCUCGCCACGGUUGUAUGAAAGACUUGCAUUGUUCAUCAUGCAAAAAAGGCUUUACAAUAAUAAAUAAUGGAGUUUGCAAAGAAUGUAGCAAGAUCAACAAAUACCAAGUUUGCACUGGGACAUUUAAACAUUUUACUGAAGGCUUUUUGGGCAGAGAAGUUGUUCAAGAUUGCAGCGAACUUCCAGUUGAAAGGGCUUCCAACACAACAGCAACAGGAUCUCCUGUCCCCACAUAUGGAGUCAAAGAUUACAGUAGACCACGAAGUCCUUCUCCUCCACCUUUAUCACCAGUUGAAACCGAUGGAUUUGAAAUUGAUGGAAUGAACAAACCCAUUUCUACCUUAGAUGCUAAUAGUGUUGAAUUUAUCAUCACACAGCCUCCUUCUCUUUCACCAGAAGAGGAAGAAUGUUGUAACCCUGGGGUCUUAAAUCAAACUCAGACCAGACCAAAGUCAGCAGAUAAACUCCAACCAGGAAUGUAUGAAUUUGAAGUAGUCAGAAGUGAAAUUAGUAGGUCAUCAGAAUCCUUGAAUGACUUGGAAAAAGGUGAACAUUCUGCUUCGUUUCAGGAAGUGAUGGAGCGGAUAAAUGAAAAAUUGAAAUCAAUUGAAACAUCAGAUAAAGACCAACUUUUGGCAAACCUUUCUAAUGCUGAUUCUUGUAAUAAUAACGACAGUCUUAAAUUGAGAGAAAUCACAUCAUCUUUAUCACACAAAGCAAAACUCGGUGAUAUUAGCUUAAUGGAAUUACUUAAGCAACAUGAGAAAAACCGAAUUAUUCAAACUCGUUUGCGGAAGCGGCAAGAAACUUUAAAUGCUCUGCAUAAUUCUGCAGAUUCACCAUCAUCUCGACGGCAGACAGUGCAAAUAAAAAGAGACCUUGCAAAUCUUGAUCAACUAUUUUUUAAGAAGGAAUCAGCACCUGAAAAAUUUGGAAGGAAGUCAGCAAGGAGCUGUAAUAAAGAUAAAAGUUCACCAGAAAAGGAAUCUACAUUUACAAUGCGUUAUACUAAAGAAAGUUCACCGGAAGAAGAAUCUUUACUAUUCAGUAAAGAUUCACAAAAUGUUGAUAACAUUACUCUGCAUCCCGGUGGUUUGCCUGACCAUUGUGAACCUGAAUUUAGUGACAUAACACCAUCUUUAAAAUUUGUUGUAAAUGAAACCGGAGUCGUGACAGAGUGUGCCAGUUCAAAAGAAAGUUUAAACUCAGAUCUGUUGUACAUUCCUGAGCUGGAUGAAAUGAGAAUGGGGAUUUCAAGGGAGAAUACUAAGAAACCUGGUUAUGGUUCUCAGGAAUUUCCUAUGGAUUAUAGAUCUAAUAUUGGAAGGGCCAAACGAAAAAUUUUGCCUCCAGAAAGAUACUCUAUAUAUAUUACUGAGCCAAGAAAAAUGUUCUAUGCUGCCUGCUUUCCUGAAAAUUUCCAACGAAAAUCUAUUAAGGCAAAAAAAUCUGGCAUGGAUUGUGAGAGUAAUGCUUGCGAAAUGCCUACAGUUGCCAGUUCGAUGAAGAUAACGCUCCAUGGUGAAGAGCAAGAGAAUGUUGUAUGUGAAGUUCCUGAAGAUUUAGAAGCAACUUCUACUCAGUUGAAGCUACUGAAGGGCAUAGAUAGUAACAGUAAAAGAACCAAUGAUUUAUUAGAUAUAGAAGAAUGUACAAGCAAGCAUAAUUCACCUGACAUAAUACAUCAUGCAUCGCAAAAACCAGAUGAACUUGAGGAUCAGUACAAUAAUAGAAAGGAAAUAACAUCCACAGUAUUAAAUGCUGAUUCAUUGAACGCUGCUUCUUCCAUGGAACAUCAUGACUCUGAUAGUUGUAACAAUAGUAACUCAAAGCUUGUUGCCAAAUUGGAAACAUUGGAGACUGCAGUAAGUAAUUUAUUUUCUAGUAGCCCUGAUUCUGGUGCCAUACUUGACUCCAAUUCGUUCUUGCCCAGUGCCUGCCAGAGCGUAAAUCCGCCAUUGCAGCAAAAGUGUGUACAUCAUGCAAUUUGUGAUAGCUUGAUUCAUAAGAAUACUGAUCCUUUAAACAGAAUAGAAAUGAAUAGUUGUUCCAUUUAUUACAACAGCCCCAUAAAGCUUAUGUUUCUUUCUGAGAUAAGCAGUGAUAAAGGAGUUAAAUAUACUCUGACGUCUGUGACCUCUUCAAAGCUUAACAUCAACAAUCGUCUUUCAAAAGUUCAUCCUGAAGAAAUUCAUCUUAAAGGGCCAGAGGUAGGCAAAUCAUCUGGUUGUGAAAAUGAUAAUACAAUAGAGUCUUUCCAAAAUUCUGCCUGUGAAAGUGAUAAAACAGCUGAAUAUAUCGAAAAUCAGUCUGCUUCUGAAAGUGUUGAUACAGUGGAAUGUUUCCAAAAUUUAUCUAAUGCAGCAGAAUGCUUGGACAGUUGUUCAGAAAGUUUAAAAGCCUGUGAGGAAGUAAAUUGCAAUCUGGAUACAUUCAGCUGUAAUAGUUCUCCUUGUUCAAACACACAGAUGGUGGAAAUAACAUUGGCUUCAAAGGAAGUGGCUGAGUCCAUUCUAAAAAGAAAACCUGGUCGACCCAAAAAAUUAGGCCCACCAGUGGAAAAGCAGGUUAAAAGGCCUAAGGGCAGACCACCAAAACCUAAAGUAGAACAAUCGGAAGCUAUUGAGUAUGUGGCUGAAGAUGCACAUACUGAAAAAGUCAAUCCCCCUUCCACAGAUGAUGGUCGUAAUAUUAAAAUUACUGUUGUUUAUGGAAGAUCGAGAAGGUUCAAAAGACUUGUAUCUGAGAACAGUAAAAAGUUAACAAACAAUCACCUCAGAAAUGCUAAUGAGAGUAAUUUGAAACAAAAUUGUGAAAAUCAAAUAGUGCAAUGCAAUGAAAGUGUGCAGAAUUCCACUGCAGAGGAAUUUGAUGGCAAAACUGAUAGUUCUGCAUCAUCACUGACUGAAUGUGAAUAUGGAUAUGAUUUAGUUAGGCCCAUAAAGGAUAAACCAGUUUCACUUCAUACUACUGGCAAUGCUGUCUGUCCAAGUAGCAAACCUUCAACUAAAACUUGCAAAGGUGGACAACGAAAACCUGGACGCCCUGCUAAAGUGAAGAUUUCGGGUAUAUCUGUGACUGUUAAUGCUGUAUCACCACGAGAAAGAAAAGUCUGUAUUAAUAGUAUAUUACCUCCAUUAGAACAGGAGUCCCCACCUUCAUAUAAAGAAUACGAAGAUACAAUUAUCAAAGAUUGUAAUGGGACAGGUUCCAGCAUGAAAAGUAAUUGUGAAACAAGAUCAAAGGAAAAUCUUGUUGAAAAGGAAGUAAAACAUAAUCUGCCCCUGAGGCAUUCGGUUAGAAUUAGAAAGCCAGCCCUGUACUACUUGCAUUCCUUUGCAAACUCCUGUUCAUUUUCUCAAAGCAGUGCCCUAGUACGUAAAUCUCGAAAGCUGCUUUUAAACAGAGCAGGAAAUAAACUUGCUAAAAGCAGAAAGUUGGAUCAUAAAAUAGCAGCUGAAAAUACCUCCUCAAAUGUUACAUUGAAAAGUAAAAAGGAGGAAACAAAAAAUGAAGUAGAUGAAAUUGAUUCUGAUUUUGAAAUGUCAGCAGAUCCUGUUUUCAUAUCAGGCACUUCACUCAGGUGGUGGCACAGCUCCACUUCAGAACAAACUCUGCAGGAAGAACUUGAGCUGCGAUUUAGACAGAUCAAUAGUGGCUGGCGCCCUGUUGAUGCCACAGAAUUGAUGAUUUCUUCUGACAAAAGAAAAUACCCAAUUCACUUUGAAGGUGUCACUAAAUCAGUGAUGAUUGCAGAUAAUAAAAAUCGGGUUCAAAUUUCCCCUAUCCAAAUGUUGUUUCAGGGACAUUGUAAUAUGGAUAAAAUCCGUGCAUGGUUUAUGCAAACAACAGAAACUCAUUCUUUAGCCAUUGUAAGGAAAGAAAAUGCCCGCGAUCCCCUGGAGGUUCUCAAUGCUAAAGGAAUUAUUGCACCAGGAAAUCUAGUUGAUUCUGCUUACAGCCCUCAUGCAGAAAGUUUGAAAAAGCACCUUAAAAAAUUUGCACUAGAAUCGCCUGUAAGGCCAAGGGGACAUUUUCAUCUGUCAAACAGGAUGUCAAAAUUUAAAGUUUAUAAACCUAAAAGGCUACUGGUAGAACAUAACAAAAGGAUUUGUUGUAAACCACACCGCAAAAUGUUGCACCACAACAGAGUUCAAUGCAAGCAAUGGAAGUCUGCUUGGAAGCAUUUAAAUGGAAUUACAUCAUACCAGCCUGACUUAGUAAACUUAAAAAGCAAAGAUAGUCAAAAAAAAGAUUCUGAAAUAAGUGGCUUUUCAUUUGCAAAAGAAUCCAUGUUACUGACCAAUGGAAAGGAAAAUGAAAACCAAGAUAAAAUCACUCUGAACAACAAGGGUGCUGAUUUAAAGAAUUUAAAUUUGUUGAAAAACUCAGAAUGUAAAAUAACUGAUGGUACAACAAAGGAUUCAGAAAAGGAAGCAUCUUUUGUGGGUGGUCACCAAGAAAAUAUUUGCAGGAACGUGAACUGGAAACUGGCAAACUUUAAAGAAUGCCGGGUAUUUCUAAGGAAGAUUAACUCUUUGGAUCAGAGCUAUUUAAGAAAUUAUGGUGUAUGGAAGCUUUCCAAAAAUAGCUCAUCUAAUAUUAAAGUAGCAAAUAACCUUCAAAGGUACACUGAAGUAAAUACCAAUCCUGGUACAGAAAUAAAUAAUCCUGCUGUCAGUACUUUUGAAUUACCAAGUCUAAACUCUGUAGGUCAUAACCUACGUGAACCAAAACGAAAGAGAAAGCAUACAGAUAGGGCAAAUAAUGAGAAUGGACUAAGUUGUUCAUCAUCUAAAAAAGUUAAGUAUUUUGCAAGCAAGCAGUCAAUGAUUUGCCAAGUCAACAACAGUUUCUUCCCUUCACUGGAUAUGAGCUCAGUAAACGAGAAGAGUACACAAAAGGAAAAUGCAAAAGUAGUGAAAGGUAAUGCAGGAAGAGUGAAAAUGUAUACAGACGUCAACACAGGUGCAUCUUCAUUGAAGAGGAUGAGAGAGUCAGCUGUUGAACAAAGAUUGUCAUGUAACAGAUUACAGUUCCAAAUAGGCAACUCAACUUGAUGCGGAAUUAUACCCUUAUAAUGGAUGGCUGGAAUUACACAUCAUUGCUACCAAGACAUGGCACAUCUUACUGUAAAUUUGGAAUUUUAAGAAGAAAGUUGUCUUAUCUCAUUCAGAAUUUAUUUAAUUAGUGCCUUAAUAUUCAGCCUAUUGAUUCAGGUUGAAUGUAUUUAGCAGUAUCUUUUUCUGUUUGCUGCUUUGUAGCGAAAACCUGAAGCUGUCUGAACAAUGUUGUAGAUAUUGAAGUUGCACUAUUUCUCUUUAUACAAAAAAAAUCUCAUGCUUAUCGCCUCGCAAGAGCCCAUUAGAGUUAUCUACAAAUUAAUGUUCCUUUAGAUUACUGCUAGGUCUCAUACAUGUAUAUAACUAUAGCAACAGCUGAUUAAUUAUUCAUUCUUUUUAAGCUUUUCUGUUCAGAAGUUAAGUUUCACCAAAUCAUAUAGACUGUAAAUCAUAAUCCAUUAAAAGUUUGUAUGACUUGUUUUGAAAGGGAAAUUAUGGAAUAUGAUUUAUCUUCACUGUCCAUGUUUUUGGAAAGUAAGGCACUUCAAUUAUUGUAUUCCAUUUACAUCACACUUUACUAAUUUUCUGUGUAUAUUGUGUUGUAAUUUUUUUUAUAAAUUUGUAUCAAUAUAGUUAAAUAAGUUCUCAAAGUUUUAAAUAGUUUAAAUGGUUCUUUUAUGGAAACAGCUCUUAUUGCAGGAUUAAAACUACCUCAAACUGUUGAGCAUAUUUUGAUCUUUUCUUUAUGGGGAAAUGGGGUUUAUAGAUAUAAUAUACGUAGACACUGGUAUCUGCUUCAUUUGAUUGUAAAUAUCAACGGCAAUGAAUUGGUUGCAGGCCUAAAAAUACUGGUCAUUGUAAAACAAGGCCCAGGUAUACAAUCUUUUGUCAGUACUAUUAUUUAGUGACAUUUAACUCAGGGAAAAUAAAACAUGCUUUGGUUUCCAGAUUAUUUAGUCUGAUAAAAGCACCCUGUGGUAAAAUGUUACUACAUUGAAUGUGAUAACCUAUAGAACAAAAUCUGUCUGCAGGGUCAUUUCUUUAAAGAUUUACAGCAAAGGGCAGUUCAUCUGCUUACUGCCUUAUAUGCUGUUAAUUUUCAUCCUAAUUUGCUGUACAGUAUUGUUCACUUUCUCCUAACUUGAAUGAGAUAUUUUUUAGCUUGUUGGUAAAAUAAAAAUGCCUUUCAUGAUUUCUUUACUGUUUAUUAUUCUUUAUAAAUCUCAUACAUUCUUCAAUGAAACUGAAUUAUGGCUUUCUAUUUUUAUCUGGAUCACAUUACUUAGUCAUUCCCCAAGCUUAAGAUGGUAUUUCAAAGUUGUUUCAAAGAUGCAUUAUGAUUAAUAAUACAAAGGAUAACCGCCUCCCCCCCAAAAAAGCUAGUAAUAUUUUCAGCCGAUAAUCCAUCUAUUAUUUGGAUUCUUAACAUAGAUCCUCAGAUUUCCUUCUACCUCAGUGUAAAAUAUUCUGACUACAGCAAAGAUAUGCAUUUCUAUGUAUUCUUAAAUCCUUAACAAUAAAGAUGCAAUUUCCCCUUUUCAAUUACCUGUAUGAAAGGUGGCAUCUCCAUUGGGACUUCCUGUCAGUGACUUUUUUGAUAUCUCUGUGAAAGUCAAAACCCACCAUCUUUAAUUGCAACAAUGUUCUUUUUCUCUCUGUGUUUAACUACCCACCCGAAAUGAAAGCAAGUGAAGCUCAGUCAUCUUGAGUUAUAAACGUUGACUUCUCUAAAAUCUGUUGAGUGUUCAAUGGUCUAAAGUUGUUCACAACUCUCAAUAUAAUCUCACUAGCAUUUUCAGCUGUAGUUAUUAGCCCUCUUUUUUGAUAUCUUCAUCUGUGUACUUGUGAAAGAUGUUAACAUUACAUUUGCCUUCCUUUUUUUUUUGCUGCAAAGACUACAUGAAAGAUGAUCUUAGAAGAAAUCAUAUAUCUGCCCAGAAAAUCUGACAGGCCACCUCCCAUUUAUUUGUGAAGGAAUGAUUAUUGCACCAAAGUUUAUUGGUCCACUAUAUGUAACAAUAUGCUGAUCACUCACUCUUUUUCUUACACUGCUGUGUACUACCUUCUACAACACCAGUAAAUGCUGUUUGUCUAACUUUCAAUUGCUUUUUAUCUUUGAACAACAUCACCUUCUACAAAAUUUCUUGAUUCCGAACGUCACUGUGAAAUGCAAUAUUGGAUUUCACUUUCUGUGCACUAAUGAGCACUUAAUAGAUUAUGAAAAAAGACAUUCAUACAGCAGAAUCAGGGAGAAUUCAAUCUUUCUCCAUUGCCUAGUUAAACAUCCAUUACUAACUAGUCACUGUUGCUUUUAAUUUAAUAGUCAUUAACCUAAACAUCCAUAUGUCAUCAGUUUUGGUCUUUCAGGUUUAUAGUAAACAGCUUCCGGGGAUCUCAACAAGUACUUAUUUCCAUCACCAAUAUUGGACUCCUAUUACAGUAUAGUAUAAUUCAGGUUCUUCCACUUGAGCCAAUUCUCCAUAUUUAAGUCUUUAUCCUGAGUGUUAAAGGACAAUUCCACCAAAGGGAAGAUGCCGGAGGCAGCUGAAUUAUUUCAUUACCUGAGCACCCAAGAUUACUGGAGUCACAGAGAACUACAACACAGGAUCAGGCCCUUCAGUAUAUGUAGUCUAUGCCAAGCUGUUACUCUGCCUAGUCCAUUGACCUGCUCCUAGACCAUUGCCCCCUAUUCCCCUCCCAAUUUAACCCACAUUCAACACUUCUGCUGGCAGCUCAUUCCACACUUGCAGCACUGAGUGAAGAAGUUCUCCUUAAAUAUUUCGUCCUUAACCUAUGACCUAUGUACAGUCUCACCAACCUCAGUGGAAAAAGCCUGCUUGCAUUUACCCUGUCUAUACCCCUCAUAAUUUUUUAUACAUCUAUCCAGUCUCCCCUGAUUCGCCUACACUCCAUGGAAUAAAAUCCUAACUUAUUCAACCUUUCCCUAUAACUCAAGUCCCCAAGUACCAGCAACAUGCUUGUAAAUUUUCUUUGUACUCUUUCAAUCUUAUUGAUGUCUUUCCUAUAGAUAGGUGACCAGAAUGGCAUACAAUACUCCAGAUUAGGCCUCACCAACAUCUUAUACAACUUCAAUAUAACAUCCCAACUCCUGUAUUCAAUACUUCGAUGUAUGAAGGCCAAUGUAGCAAAAGCUCUCUGUGACCCUAUCUACCUGUAAUGCCUCUUUCAAGGCAUUAUGGAUUUGUAUUCCCACAUCCAUAUUUUCACCACGCUCUCCUGUGCCCUACUGUCCACUCUCUAAGUGCUGCCCUGGUUUCUUCUCCCAAGGUUCAACACCUCUGUUCUGUGAUCUAUUGAUCUGAUUGCCUCCAAAGUGUGUAUGCCUUAACUUAAAUAAGGAGAUCAAAGCUAUGUAACAUACCCAGGCAUUAUCUAUACAGCUGUAGCAAUAUUUUUCUAGCUGUGUACUCCACCUCUUUCAAAAGAAGUCAACAUUGCUUUUGUCUUAAUAAUUGCUUGCUGGGAAAACUACAGAAAGUUGGUCUUACAAUAGAUCUGCAGGACAUUAGAAAUUUUGUAUGAACUAGGAAUUGAGGCUUCUUUGCUAUCAAUAAGAAUAUGGCUGAUUGCUUGUAACCUCAAUGCCACAUUCCUGAUACCAUAUAAAAUAACUUUUCAUCUUGCUUAUAAGAAGAUUUAUAAUUGCUAAUGUAUAUGAAGUGAUAUUUGUUGUUUGUGGCGGCAGUACAGUGCAAAGAUGUACAAAUUCUAUAUAUUACAAAAUAAAUUGCAAAACUAAAAAUAAUGAGAUAGUGUUUAUAGACUAUUCAGAAAUCAAAUAGCAGGGUGGAAGAAGCUGUUCCUAAAUUGUUGGGUGUAGGUCUUCAGGCUCCUGUACCUCCUUCCCUGCUGGUAGUAAUAAGAAGUCUGCAUGUACUGGAUGAUGAGGGUCCAAAAGGGAGACUAUGAUUGAUAAAAAAUAUUCAAAGAGUUGCUUCCUUCAAUGAGUAGUACCUCGUUUUUAAAAAAGAUACCUCUAAGACACUGUCCAGAAGAAAGCAAUGGCAAAUCACUUCUGUAGAAAAAUGUGCCAAGAAAAUCGUGAUCAUAGAAGGGCCAUAAUCUCCCACAUCAUACAACACAGCACAUAGCAAACGAAUGAACCUCUAACUCUGAUUCUCCACAAGGAAAUGUUUCCACAUCACCUUGCCAAGAGCCCUCAGGAUCCUGUAUGUUUAAUCAUUCUGAUCUCCAGAAGAUACAAGGCUAAUAUGUCCAAUCUUUUCUCAUAAGACAAUCUGCCCAUUCCAGAUAAUGGUCUGGUUAGGUAUACCGUGGAACUCAUAAGACUACUGUGGCCAGUAUUGGCUUUCUUCUUUAUGGAAUAAUAUUAAUGCAUUGGAUGCAAAUAGUCUUAACUUGGAUUCAGUAGCUUUGGCAUUGCCGUAUAUGACUGAAGCAUAAACUCUUUACCAUUGUAUUAACUUCCACCAGCAAUAAAAUUGUUUCACACAGUUUGGUGAUGCAGCUGUUGGUGCCUCAGUUGGAUUAACUGCUGAAUGUAGAUAGCAAAUAACAAAUCUCACAACAUACGCAGGUGACAUUAAACCUGAUUCUGAUUCUGAGAUGAGGAACAAAAGAGUCAAGGCGAGCUGAUUGGCAUGUAAGGGGAAAUGGGAUUGCUGUGCUGGGAAACAAAAAAAAUAGGGCAGAGUAGGCCAUUUGGUUCAUUGCUCCUACUUUGCCAUUUAAUACCAUCACAGCUGAUCAUCUAUCUCAAGUCAGGACUCUCUUGCCUUGACCCAUCGUUCUAUGUGCCCCAGCCAUGGAAAUAUUCAGUCUGUCUUGUACUGUCAAAAUUAAGUUUGAAACUGUGAAAUAUACCAUAGGGUUCCCUCAUCCAAAUCAUUUUAGUAUUUAAUGAAUAGCUGAGGUCCAAGUUCUGAUUCCCGGGGUUUUCUGCUAGUUACUACUGUUUCCUGUCUGUCAACUAAUUUUCAAUCCAUGAAAUCAUUAUCCCCACUCCCCCCAUCCCUGUGCAGACUUUAAUUUAACACUCCAACUUGUUAUUUGGGGCUUUAUCAAAGCUUUCUGAAAACCCAGUGGUUGUCUUUUAUGUAUUGCACUAGUUUCAUACUCAGAAUUGAAUAUCUUUGUUGACACAAUUUUUAUUUCAGAAUUCUACGUUGAUUUCCUAAAUGUCCAUACCAUACUUUAUAAAGGCAAUCUAAGACCCAGCAGAGAUCCAAUGGGCUGAAUGGCCUCAUCUUAUAUUAAAAGCAAGUAAACACAUUACCAACCAGAAGACCAACUUAUGCUAUGAGCCAGCCGGUCUAUUCAUGCCAAUACAUUAUCUGCAAUAUGAGCUUUUGUUUUCAACAAUAAUGUUACCAAUGCCUUUUGCAAAUUUAAAUAUAGUUUACCCAUCCUGAUUAUCCAUAGCAUAUUACUUAAAGGAAUUCCAACAAAUUAGUCAUAUGAUUUUGCCAAAAUACUUUGAAUUUUUCCAAAUGCUUUCUGAUAACAUUUGAAUAGUAAUUUCCAAUAUUUUCUGUAUAUCAGAUAUUAAGUAGCUAGUAGUUUCCUAUUUUCUGGCUCCCCUUUUUGAAAAAGAAAGACACAUUGCCAUUAUCCAAUCAAAUGGAACCUUCUCUUAAUCUAAGGAAUUUUGAAGCAUUAAAAUCCAUAUAUCAACUACAUCAUUAACUACUUCUCAGAAUCUGAAUCAGGUUUAUUUCCACUGUAUUACAUAAUGUGAAAUGGGUUGUUUUGUGGCAGCAGUACAGGCAUAAAACUGCCAUAAUAAAAUAAAUAAAUAGUGCAAAGAAAGGAAUAAUGAUACAGUGUUCGUGGGUUCAUGUCAUCUGAUGGCAGAGGGGAAGAAUCUGUUCCUGAAUCACUGAGUGUGAGUCUUCAGUCUCCUAUACCUCCUACCUCCUUCCUAAUGGUAGUAGUGAGAAGAGGGCAUAUCCCAGAUGGUGAUGGUUUUUAGUGACGAAUGCAACCUUCUUGAGGCACUGCCUCUUGAUGAUGAGAAUGCUUGUACCAAAGAUGCAGCUGGCCGAGGAUACAGCCCUCUGCAGCUACUUGGGAUCCCUUGCAUUGGAGUCUCCACAGCAGGCUGUGAUACAGUCAGUCAGAAUGCUCUCUACCAUACCACAGAAGUUUCGUGACAUACCAAAUGUCCUCAAACUCCUAACAAGGUAGUGCUGCUGGCGUAUCUCUUCAUGAUUGCAUCAAUGUUUUGGGGCCAGGACAGAUCCACUGAGAUUAUACACCCAGAAAUUAAAGCUACUCACCUUUUCCACCACCGACCUCUCAAUGAGAAUUCGUGUAUGUUCUAACUUCCGCCUUCCUGAAGUCCGACGUUAAUUCUUUGAUCUUGCUGAUAUUAAGUGUGAGGUUGUUGCAACACCACUCAACCAGCCAAUCUAUUUUGUUCCCUGGAUGUCUCCUCAUUGCUGUCUGAGGUUUUACAAACAACAGUGGGGUCAUCAGAAAAUUUGUGGAUGCCAUUUCAUCUGCACUUAGCCACACAGAGAGUAGAACAGUGAGCUAUGCACACAUCCUUGAGGUACACCAAUGUUGAUUGAUAGAGAGGAGAUGUUAUCACCAAUUUGUGCUGCUUGUGGUUUCACAAUGAGGAAGUCGAGGAUCCAGUUGCUGAGGGAGAUAUAUGGGGACCAGGUUCAGAAGCUUGGUGAUUAAUACUAAGGGGAUAAUACUGAGCUAUAAUCGAUAAACAGAGCCUAAUGUAUGCUUUGCUGUUGUCUAGGUGUUCCAAAAGCAGGGUAGAGAUCCAGUGAGGUUGCAUGUGCACUAGACCUAUUGCAGCAGUAUGUAAAUUGUAGCAGGUACAUGGCCUUGCUCAGGCAGGAGUUAAUUCUAGCUAUGAUCGCUGCACUUCAUUACGGUAAACGUGAGUGUCACUGGGUAAUUGCUGUUGAGGCAACUCAACCUAUUCUUCUUGGGAAUGAUUGCUUUUCAAUCACUUCUUUUAUGAUCCUGGAUUUGAAAUCUAUCAAGACUCAACAACAUGAAGUUUCAAUGUUUUGCUCUCUGCUAUUGCAGCAGUGAUAGUGAUUAUCCGAAGUUCAACUCUCCUCAAUUCCAGCAAUUUGUAGAAUGUAAAUUGUAUCCUCUCAUUCAUCCACCACCUCAUUGUAUUUCCAGAUUCACUUCCUGAUGGCCUAAUACACAAUACGUUAACUUUUCAUUUUAAGUAUCUAGACACACUUUUACUUUCUGUUUUUGCAUUAUUGUCCAGUUUUGCCACAUACUCUUAAUUUUUCCUUAUUAAAUUUAGUCAUAUUUGUGUAAUUUUUCAUUUUCUGGUGAAUUGGUUUGUUAUUGUCACAUAUACCGAGGUAUACUGGAAAAACUUUGUCAGUGCAUUGAGAAAGUACAAGGGAACAGAAUAACAGAAUGCAGAAUAGAGAGUGUUAUAAAUACAAAGAAUGUGUAAUGCAAGCAGACUAUAAGUUACGUGUCCAUAACAAGGUAGAUUAUGAAGUUAAGGGUCCAUCUUAACAUGUCUUAUAACAGCUAGGUAGAAACUGUUCUUGUGCCUGGUGGUACAUGCUUUCAGGCUUCUGUAUCUUACGUACAUAGACCAGGACAGCACAGUACAAGCCCUUCAGCUGUCCGCCUCCUUCCUGCAUUCCAAUUCAUCAUUAUCUGAGGUUUGGCCACAAUGGUGGUGUCGUCUGUAAAUUUGUACGUGGAGUUAGAACAGAGUCCAGCUACACAGUCAUGAAUGUAUAGGGAGUCAAGUAGGGGGCUGAGGACACAGCUUUUUGGGACUCUAUUGUUGAGAAUAUUUUCUAUUUAUUUAGUAGAGAUACAGCAUGGUAACAGGCCCUUCCAGCCCAAUGAGCCCACGUGGCCAAUUAACCUACUUACGUCUUCGGAAUGUGGAAGGAAAGCCGUGCAGUCACAGGGAAAACAUAUAAACUCCUUACAGUGGCAGAAUUGAACCUGGAUUACUGGUGCUGUAAUAGUGUUAGCCGUUAUGCUACCGUGCUGAUUAUAAUCUGUUAGUCAGGAAAGUCAAUGAUCCAGUUAAAACUAUAGGUGUUGAGUCCCAUGUCUAGUAGUUUGGAAAUGAGUUUGCCUGGAAUCAUAGUAUUGAAAAUGGAGCUCUAGUCAAUAAACAAUGUCUAACAUAGGUGUCUUUACUGUCCAGAUGAUCCAGACAUAAGUACAGUAUAGGGCCAGGGAAAUUGUAUCUGCCAUGGACUGUUUUUGGCAAUAGGCAAAUUGCAGUUGGCUGAGGUUUUCUGGGAGGUUGGGCUUGUGUGCCAGAACCAACGUCUUGAAGGACUUCAUGAUGAUGGAUGUCCACCACCAGAUGGUAAUUAUUAAGACAGGUUACUUUAUUUUCUGGAGGUCUGCUCUACCUUUGUACUGUCAUAUGUUUUUCUUCUUUAAAUUUAAUUUUCCCAAGGCGAUGCUCUAUUUAGAAUUUCUCUUUGGUAUAUAUCUCGUGUAUUCUGCAGAUCUUCAAUGUUUGAUACUGCAUCUCAAUCAAUGGGUCACUGAACCUAAUUUGUCUUUAUUUGAUCUAAUUCUGUUUUCAUGCCUUCAUAAUUGUCUAAAAUUUUAUAGUGGGUUUUUAAAUAUAUAUAUAUAUAUAAUUUGAUUAUAUUUUCCAUCCCUAUAUGCUCUUCUAUUAAUCAAAUAAAGAUUCCAAUAUCCUAUCUUGGAAGUUAAUAGCUGUUGUUUUAUUUAUUUUAAUAAAUGGGACAAUUUUAGAUGUCUAAUAGUUUUCUGAAUUUCAACACACCUGCACCUACAGUGGUACUAGAAAGUAUGUGAACCCUUAGAGUUUUCU